AUGUCGAGAUUGAUCGAGGGCCGUGGGCUCACAGACAACAUCCAGAGGUUUUCCUCGCUGCCCCCUUAUCUGCCCGUGACCUACCACGUGCUCAGAGCGGAGACCUCCUUCUUCCUGAAGGAGACCAACCAGGACUUGACACGCAACUCCAGCCUGCGGUCCCGAGUCGAGUCCUUCUUCCCGUACAAAGCCAGGCGGCCCCCGAUCUUAAAUGCCAGCUAUGGGCCUUUUUCGGUGGAAAAGGUCGUGCCCCCGGACUUGAUGUCGACUCCAGACUUUUUGGGUCCCACCGACAAGGUUAGUUUCAACUGGAAGCUGAAAGCGCACGUCCUGCGGGACAAGGUCUCCCUGAGCCGGCCCCGCGUGCAGGUGCUGUUCCACGUGGUGGGCAGGGACUGGGACGACGCCGGCCCCGCGCAGAGGCUGCCCUGCCUGCGCGUGUUCGCCUUCCGGGAGACCCGGGAGGUGAGGGGCAGCUGCCGGCUGCAGGGGGCCCUGGGGCUGUGCGUGGCGCAGCUGGAGCUCCCGGCCGGCUGGUUCGGCCCCCCCACGGUGGUGGCCGGGAGGAAGAAGUCGCCCGAGCCCCCCGAGGGCAGCCCCGUGGAGCUCUACUACGCCCUGCAGCCCGGGGACGAGCGCGGAGACUGCGCCGGCGGCGACAUCCGGAAGGGCAAUGCCAUCCGCCCCGGGAAGGACGGGCUGGAGGAAAGCACGUCCCACCUGCAGAGGAUCGGUGCCGUCGGCCUCUACCGGGCCCAGGACAGCACCCAGCUCAGCGAGCUGCAUCUGGAUGGCAACGUGGCCGUCUGGCUGCCCUCCCGGCCGGCCAAGCAAGGAGACGUGGUCACUGCCUAUGUCACCGUGGCCAGCAAUUCCACCGUGGACUUCUUCAUCUUGAGAGCCAAGGUGAAGAAGGGGGUGAACAUCUUGAGCACGCGGACCAGCGAGCCUCGCCAGUGGGACGUCAAGCAGGAGCUGGGCAACGGCGGCAAGCACGCCACCGCCGCCGUGGUAUGCCAGCGCCUGGCGCCCGGCGCGCGCAACAGAAGCAGCAGUUUGUUCAAUGAGGUUGUGCAGAUGAACUUUGAAAUCGCCAGCUUCAGCAGCCUGUCAGGGAGUCAGCCCAUCACCUGGCAGGUGGAAUACCCGCGGAGGGGGACCACAGACAUCGCCGUGUCUGAGAUCUUCAUCAGCCAGAAAGACCUGGUUGGCAUCGUGCCCUUGGCCAUGGACACUGAGAUUCUGAACACCGCCAUCCUCACGGGAAAGACAGUUGCCAUGCCCAUCAGGGUGGUCUCCGUGGAGGAGACCAGUGCCGUGACGGAUAUCUCGGAGUCGGUGGAAUGCAAGUCCACAGAUGAGGAAGUCAUCAAAGUGUCCGACCGCUGUGACUACGUCUUUGUCAAUGGCAAAGAGAUGAAAGGCAAGGUGGACACGGUGGUGAACUUCACAUACCAGCACCUGAGCGCCCCCCUGCACGUCACCGUGUGGGUGCCCCGGUUGCCGCUGCAGAUCGACGUCUCUGACACGGAGCUGAGCCAGAUUAAAGGCUGGAGGGUCCCCAUCGUGGCCACUAAGAGGCCCACGCGAGACAGCGAGGAUGAGGAUGAGGAGGAGAGGCGGGGCCGAGGCUGCGCCCUGCAGUACCAGCACGCCACCGUGCGGGUCCUCACGCAGUUUGUGUCUGAGGGCGCCAGCCCCUGGGGCCGGCCAAGCCACCUGCUCAGUCCCAACUGGCAGUUCGACAUCACCCACCUGGUUGCAGACUUCAUGAAGCUGGAGGAACCCCACGUGGCCUCUCUCCAGGACAGCAGGAUCCUGGUCGGGAGGGAGGUUGGCAUGACAACCAUCCAGGUGCUGUCCCCACUGUCUGACUCCAUCCUGGCCGAGAAGACAGUAACCGUGUUAGAUGACAAAGUCUCGGUGACAGACCUGGCCGUCCAGUUCGUGGCUGGGCUGUCGGUCACCCUGCACCCCAGCACAGAGGACAGCGAGGCCGUCACGGCUGUGACCACAGCUGAGGAGCUGCUGAGAACCCCCAAACAGGAAGCCGUGCUCAGCACUUGGCUCCAGUUCAGCGAUGGCUCAGUGACACCUCUGGACAUCUACGACACCAAGGACUUCACCCUGACCGCCACCUCCCUGGACGAGGCCGUCGUGUCCGUCCCCCAGCCCCACUCGCCCGGGCGGCCCGUGGUUACGGCCGAAGGGGAAGGCCAGGGACCCCUGGUGCGAGUGGACCUGACCAUCGCGGAGGCUUGCCAGAAAUCCAAGCGCAAGAGCGUCCUGGCCGUGGGCGUCGGCAUCGUCAGGGUCAAGUUCGGCCAGAACGACGCCGACUCCAGCCCCGGCGGGGACCACGGGGAGGCGGAGAUGAAGAACCACGCCAGCGACCGGCGCCACAAGGGCCAGGAGGGGCACUGGUACGGCAGCUCCUCCGCGGAGCGCGAGGAGGGGGCCCUCCGGAGGGCCAGCCCCACGGCCAAGUCGCUGCUGGACAACAAGGUGGGCAAGAACAGCCGGCUGGACGGGGGCCGGCUGGCGGGCGAGGGCCAGCUGCAGACCAUCCCCAUCGACUUCGCCAACUUCCCGGCGCAGGUGGACCUGCCGCAGGCGGGGGGCGGGCCGGGGCCCGGCGACCUGGUGCAGACGCCCCGCGGCCUGAGCGACCUGGAGAUCGGCAUGUACGCCCUGCUGGGGGUCUUCUGCCUGGCCAUCCUCGUCUUCCUCAUCAACUGCGCCACCUUCGCCCUCAAGUACAGGCACAAGCAGGUGCCCCUGGAAGGCCAGGCCUCCGUGACCCACUCGCACGAUUGGGUGUGGCUGGGCAACGAGGCGGAGCUCCUGGAGGACGCGGGCGACGCGUGCCCCCGGCAGGACGAGCGCACGACCGUCAUAGACGAGAGCAACCGUCUCCUGCUCAACGGAGGUUCCCAAAAGCACGGGCAGAGCCAGGUCCCCAGGCCCGCCGACUCCGGGGACAGGCAGGGCAGGGGCCAGACGCACGAGCCCCUGCACUCACCCACCUCCAAGAGGAAAAAGGUGAAGUUCACCACCUUCACCACCAUCCCCGCCGACGACAGCUGUCCCACCGUGAACUCCAUCCUCGGCGGCACCGACGAGGACAUCAAGUGGGUGCGCCAGGACGUGGGCGUGGGCGCCCCCAGAGAACUCAGAGACUGCCUGGAGAAGUUCAAGGACAAAGCCUAGGCCCCUCUGGCCGAAGGGCCAGCGCUUGGACGCCCUCCUUCGGUUCCAGAGCAGAUCUGGGGCUGAACAGGGAACCGUUGGGGUCCCCUUGGAAACCAGUUGGAGAUUCUGAAGCCGGAAAGGGACAUUUUUUUGUAAUCAGAGGUUGAUGACGGCAGAUGUUCGCAAGUCGGCAGAAUAAACUCGGGGAAGGGAGCUUCUGGAGACGUUUGACCUGCGCGGGGCCAAAUUGGGAAGGUUAUUUUAUGAGUCAAAAUAUAACCCAGACAAGCUACCAAAAAGUAUUUGUUAAAAAAAAAAAAUGCAAAAAGGCAAGUAAUCAUCUGUUUAUAUUUCUAAUAAAGGAGCAAAAUAUAUUAAAACUAGGGCCUGCUAAGAGACAUUUUCCGUUUUAAUUCAAUAUUCCCUUUCCGAGGACAGCCUUGGACUGUCACCCUGGGCUUGGGGAGGAGACAUUUCUGAAUAUUGGUUGCCUCUUGGGAUAGACCUGAGGAUUUUUACAUCUCUACUUAAUCAUCUUUUCUUUUUCCACAUUCUCUUUUUUCCCUCCUUUUUUUCUUUCUGUGUCUUAGACUUCCAUUUGAUUUAUAUUUAAUGUUUAUUCCUGAGGAUCCAAUAGUAUAUUUUCCUAAAUUAAACAAAUUAUAUUCCUAUACAUCAGAUGAAUGCUUAGAAACGAUGUCAUUUAAUCCACUCUUUAAGUAUUACGUUUGAUGCUUUUCUGUAUCCCUCCAGCCUUGUUGAUAUUUGCUGGGUCUUCUACAAUCAGGGGGAGUUCUCAGAGCCUUUGGGGGGAUGGGGGAAGAUGCCUUCACCCAUCACCACUACACCCACCACAGGGCCAAAGCCAGUGGGUGGGACAUUGGCAGAGGCUGGACCAGUGGGACACAGCCAGCAGCACAGAGCCCAGCCUGGUUCCUCUGACCCCCUCCAGGACUCCGUCACUGGUGUCGUGCGGAUGCUUCUCCCAGGGGAAGAUGAGGUCAGAUCCACAAGGGAGAAACCAGACCCAAGAGUAAUCAGCACCAACCUCACAGAUUAGAUCUAUCCCGAGACAUGCUGAUAUUGCCAAAUGAACAAGGAUUUAAAAAACUGUCUGAGGGUUUUUCAGUUGUUUUUCUUACCUCGUUAGGCAGGGUAUACCAGCAUAAACGGAAAACACGAAAAUCUACGUUAGAUUGUCAAUCAACUGUGCUUUUUGGUACCAGCCUAAUCGUGUAGCAGCACAUUGCAAAAUGCACUCAUCCAAAGUGAAGUGUACGAGGCAGAGGAGACCACGAGGUAGGGACACAAACCCCAAGACUCCGUUCUGUCCGCAGCUGCUGGGGACGAAGCCGCCCGGCUGUCACGUGAUGCUCUCCGUGGGGCGGCGCCCGCAGAUACCGGCAAUGCUUCCUGUUUUUAUUUUUUUAAUUACUA